UAUCGCCGUCAGGAUCGAGUGGGCCUUCUUCGGCGCUGGAUGCCGACGCUCAGUCUUCUCCGUUCCAGCAUUCAUGCUUUUUCACUCACCAACAAUCUCAGCGCUGAACAGAAUAUAGGAACUAGUGUGUAGAAGUGAAAAUCUGUGUCUAAAACUACUGUCACUGGAUCAAUCGUCGGUGUUAGAAAAAAGUGUAGGAAUCUUUUAGCUCAAGUAAAACUUGAGACAAGUGAUUUUUGCAAACUUCCAAGCUCCUGAGGAGGAAGUGGUUUAUCGAUAACUCUUCGUUUCUGAUCUAUCGAACUUGACUGCUGACGGGAGUGCUUUGUGUUAUCUUGUUUGGUUUAACCUAAGAAUUUUGCUAGCAUCGGUGUGCGCUUUGGUGCGAAAGUGUUGAAGUUGAAAAUUAAAGCUUCGCUUUGCUGACUGGUGAUUGGCGGAGAGUGCGAAAGCAAUCAAUUGUGAUAUCGCAAACGCAAUUAAACAAAAUAAAAAAAAACGCAUCUUCCUGCAAAAAUUUUGUAAAUUAAGCUUAGCGUGUUCGGCAACAUCAUAUCUUUAGUAUUAUCUAAGUAUUAGAAUACAACUUUUCCAAUAAUAAACGAACCAAACAAAUGUGAUCAGAGAUAUAGUGUGAUAAUAGAAAGGCAAAAACAUUGAUAAUAAACCCUGAAUCGAAGAUUAGCAAGUGCAAAGGGCGUGUGAAUCGUGUUUUGUUUAGACAACAAGAAGCAAGAGUCAAUUUGUUACAGAAAACCUAUCAGAAAGCAUCCUUGCUGUGGGUAAAACGUUAGAAUUAUUCAAUUGAUAAACCAAGAAAUAAUCAGGAGUGGUCAAGUGGUUUUAUUUCUGGUAGUAGGCGAGCAAAAGAAGCUUGGAACGAAACGGAAUAACAAACAUAGAAACCGCACACUGGAGAAAGCGAAAGGAAUUGACCCGUCGUCGUUGUUGGUUCAAAAGUGGGAAGCAUGAUUAUAUAACAGCCAAGCAGCAGUUCGAAAUCAUUGCCAAAAUCAUCACACCAUCAUUACCAUCAUCAGCCAGGCGUCCGUGAAAAGCGUACGAGAAAAAAAAAUCACUAAUGCCGGGGAGCAAAAUAAUCAGUAGUAGGCGGUGGUGUGGGAGUUGGUCUCAGUUUCGUUGAGACCAUUGUGUUAAAAGCAAAAAAAAAGGAUAUCGCAGUAAGCACCGACUGAAGCUCAACAACAACAAUAUCUAGCGAGAGAUGAACUAACAAAGCAAACAAACACGAAUCACCCCAAAAACCAAGAAAAACCAAAGGGAUAAAUGUAAAUUCCUUUGAACUUAGUUGGUAGGCAGCUGGCGCCCUUUCAUCAUGCCUAGCAGGAAUAACGACGACGGGAAGUAGAGGACUAGAACGAACCAGGAACAAAGUUGGACGGACAUUGUGGCCAGGGAACAUCAACAAACACACGUGCGAAUCACUCGACGAAAGGUGAAAAAGGCCCCCUCUGGAUCAGAACCAGGGUUCUCAACCGGGCAGGGAUUGUGUGCGGUUUCGGUUUAAUUGAAAUCCCAACCGGUGAAAAAGGGGAUAUGACCACCAACAAAAGGAUCAAUCAGGCGGAAGACUACAGCAAGAGGGAUACUCAUCAUCAACCGGGACAACUCAAUACGCGGCCAAUACGUAUAUCCGGAACCGAGGGCCGGGACCUAGAAGUGCUUGAAAGUUUAUUUGGAAUGAUGCCUUUGUUGUUGUUGUCGUUGAUGUUGUUGUUAUUGGAAGCUCAGGCUCAUUCGAUGGGCGCAAAAAUUUGGCCGAGGACAUCAUGCUCGAUCCUCGGUGGUACUUUUAGCCGGUGGCGGCAUCUGCGGGAGGACGUUCAAUAAAUCUUGUUGUCCUCACCGUUGUUAUUGCUGUUGUUGAUGUUUGCACCUAUUAGAUAUAUUGUUGAAGAGAGAAAGCUUUGGAAGCAUUGAACAAACAAAAAAAAAAACACACACACAGAAUAUCAUAUCUUGCGAUACUUUUUUACAUACGAGUUACGAACCAGGAAGCAGAAAGAAAGUAGGUGAUACACGUGUAGCUGCUGAGAGAACCAAGAGACAGAUAAACCCACAGCAAAGCAUGGGGAAUGGUAUGAAUAAGGUGAUGCCGGGGUUGUACGUUGGCAACUACCGCGAUUCGAAGGACUAUCAACAGUUGGACCGUUUCCAAAUCACGCACAUCGUCUCGAUACACGAUAGCCCCAGGCGAUUCCAUCCGGACAAACACUACCUCUGCGUGAUGGCGGCGGACACGCCGGACCAGAACCUGUCGCAGUACUUCUCCGUCUGUAACGAUUUCAUCCACUCGGCGCGCCUCAAGGAUGGCAACGUGCUGAUCCACUGCCUGGCCGGGAUGUCCCGCUCGGUGACGGUGGCCGUGGCCUACAUCAUGACGGUGACCCCACUCGAUUGGAAGGAAGCCCUGAAGGUGGUGCGCGCUGGCCGCGCCAUCGCCAACCCGAAUCUCGGCUUCCAGAACCAGCUGCAGGAGUUCGAAUCGUGCAAGUUGCUUGAGGAACGGAAGCGACUCAAGGAACGUUUUCCCAGCUUAGCUUUAGAAACAGUUGAUAGAGAGCAAUGUACUCUAGCUUUAGAUCACUAUGAAACUUUGUUAGAAAAUAACGGUGUCUGUGAAGGCCAGUGCAAGUUCGGUAAAGAUUGCCCCACGGGAAUCUGCCGAUCGGAGUCACGUGGCCUGAGGCGUAAGGCCAGCAUGACGUCGCAAACCAAGAAGCAAUACAACAACAACCUAAGCCCAUCGCCUUCGACGUCGUCGCAGCUGUCGGUGCGAAGCGUCGGCGUCGGGAUGGCUCAGUCCUGUCCGACGUCGCCACGCUGCUCCAAGGGCCCCAGCAGCCUCCAGAAGGUGACGGAUAAUCCGAGGGCUGCGGGGGAUUAUGCGGCCGAGAUCGAUAUCGGCGAGCUGUCCGAGUUGCGGCGCAGUUCCAGCAUCGUGAGCACCUUCAGACCUCGCAGCAGUCCGGCCGGACUGUACUCGUACACCGGCUCAGCUCCCCCCUCGAUACACGGUUCCCGUGUUGAUUUGAGUAAUAGUGCCAUCAAAAACUCCGGAUCGGCCAUUUAUCUAGGAAAUAACAGCCCAACCGGAAGUCCUACGCAUGCACUUAAUCGUCGAAUCAGCUUGACUCGGUCGAAUUCGAAAUCGACUCCAAAAUCCACCCCGGAAUCGUCACCGAAACCUUCGCCAAAGAAGAGUGCCCCAAAGUCCCAACAACCACCGAAUUCGGGCGCGACCGUUGGGGGUGGCGGCAAAAGUACUAAUACCAGUAGUAAUAAUAGUUCCAAGCCCAAUGGAUCACCGUCAAAGGGUGGUGGUGGUGGUCAAGUGGCUAGCUCAAAAUCAACACCGAAACCUCCUGUAACACCAUCCAAGAAGAAUCUGACGACGUCAAAAGCAGUACAAUCAACGGCCGAACCAUCUCUUCCUUCCCGUUCAUCAACAUCCUCGCCUAUGCCAUCGAAAUCUUUGGAAAAAUCAAACAAACCCGGCGUUAAGCAUAAAUAACACAGAUAAGAUAAACAAUAGCUUUGACGUUUGACGCUAAAAGAGAUUGCAAAAAUUUAACACAGAAGUAUAUAUUCAUACAAGAAAUAUAUUCAAAAAGCAAAGAAAUCAAAUGUCGAUAUUUUGUCAAAAGAAGAAUCAGGCAGAGCAGAAGUAAUCAUAUUUAUAACCAAAAGAGAAAAGAAAUAAAAAUCGCAUAAAAACCACAUCAAACUACAAAACAACAACAAAACCGCACACACUUAUAUACCUAAGCACCAAAACCAUUACAACAACACAACUGUCACAAAGUGACGAUGAUAGGCAUUUUUGUAGCAAGUUUGUUUGCAAAUUGUGAUGUGAAAAAGCAACAAGAGAAAAAAAAAACACAACCAAAAUAUGAUACACAUUUAAAUCAUUAAAUCGUAAAAAUGCUUAGAAGCAAACGAGAAGAGAAAAAAAAAGAAACAAGCAUGCAAAUCGCAACCAAAAUGCAAUGGCAGAUCAUCAGUUGGAAAUCAUUUGAUAAUAAUGGAUACCAGGAGGAAGUUCACGCAACUCAUAUACAUGCAUACAAACAUACAUACAAACAACAUGUAUUAUAUUUAGUGAUUUUGUGAGAUUUUAUUUUAUACGAAACGAGUCGAGUCGAGGCGCGUCGAAGAAAUGAAGACACUGAAUAAAUAAACCAAAUUUUAUUGGCUUGUACUGAA